UUUUAGUAGUAACAAAUUGAAACCACUGUUUCGAUCAACGGCGCUAUUAAAGGAUCAACCGCUUAUCAGGAUUUCGCAUCGAGACCACAAUGACUGGGAAAGGGAAAAGAAUGACAGGAUGGACUAUCGCCAAGAGGACGAUCGGUACCCCCUUAGCCAGCGGAUCGGGGAUUCUGGACCCCCAGCACUUACGACCGCAUUACGCCGCCGCUGAUCGUGCGAAGAUUUUCCCUGGACACCCAACUUUAUACGGUCGCCUUCGCCUUAAGGUUCAAUUGGAAGUGAAAUUACCGUUCGAUCUUCGUCUGUCCUUUCUCCAUUUUCUCGUAUUUCGGCUUGUUCAUCUCCUCCUCCUCCUCCUUCCUGCCUUCCUGGUUUUCCCUCCAGCCCUAUCUUUUCCUUUUGUAUAACACACUCACACUCACACUCACACACCUUGUAUAUCGUAUUCUUUUGUAUAGACCGUCCGAAGUGAUUUCUAGUCUUUCUAUAUUGUUUUGUCCUUUACAGUCUACGUCAUCCGUCGACGCAGUUGCAGUUGCAGUCA